ACAAUUGCCCUAAUUGUUCAAUACCAUUCCUUUUUGCUUAAUCAUUUCCUUUCUAUAACAUUUUGUUCUCUGAAAACAAUUUCCAAUGAAACGAAGAAACCUGCCCUAGGAACACGAGGAACAUCAUUGAUGGCGACGUCUCCAACCAAUUAUUUCAAAUUCGGAGCCGUUUUCUGCAUUUACGUGGCUUAUGUGCUUUUUCGACGACUUCCAAUUGCAUUCCUCUCACAAAUUCGAACGGAAAUUCAGAUUUCAAAUGAUGAUAUAGGGCGAAUAGUUUCAAUUCAUGCUUCUGCAUUUACUGUUAGUAAAUUGGUAUUUGGAACAGCUGCAGACAGAACUUCAAAUUCUCGACUACUUAUUGGAGGAAUUCUUCUAUGUAGUACAUCAUCGAUUGGCCUGGCGUUCACCAGCGAAGUAUGGCAAAUUGAAGUUGUGAUGGCAAUGAUUGGAAGUGUUCAAGGUGCGGGAUGGGUUCCAGCUACUAAACUCAUUGCAACGUGGUUUGACGAUGCUUCAUACGCAACAAUGUUCUCGGUUCUUGGAUGUGGAAGUACAUUUGCUGGAAUGAUAGUUCCACUUUUCAAAACUUCAUACUGGAGAACUAUUGAAUUCAAUUCAGGAAUUGUUAUGCUACUGUUUGCAAUCAUUUGCAAGAAAUGGAUAAUCACAGAAGACGCAAUUCGAAAAGAAGUGAAACCUUUGAAAAAGGAAGAUAUGGAAGAAGAGAAUACAAUUGGAGUGAAGAAGAUUAUGAAGAGUUCAGUAAUGUGGCAUAUUGCUCUUGUCUACUUUUUCUCAAUGGAAAUGAGAACUAUCUGUGAAACAUGGGCUCCUCUUUACUUGAAUGAAAAGAAAAUGUCAGCUGAUGGAUUUCAGUUUCUUUACGAGCUGGGAGGACUUGCUGGAACUAUGAUCAGUGGACUUGUGCUCGAACGAUUAGCUGGAAAGAUGGGGGUGGAUCCAUCGAGGAGGCUUCUUGGCAUCAUUUUUACAGUAAUCAUGAUGAUUGUUGGAUGUGGAGUUUUCAAAUUUGAGGAGUAUUCUUCUGUGCUCGGAUUUCUGACUGGUUUCUUUGUAAAUGGAAGUAUCAAUAUUUGGUGUCUAAUUGGAUCACAAGCUGGAACUAAAAGUGUCGCAGGAACCGUGUCGGCGUUCAUAAGCUUCAUCGCAUCAGUUGGUUCAAUAUUCGCCGGAUCACCACUAGCCCAUCUCAUUGCUACAUUUUCAUUUCACGUGUUUACUAUCCUCUUCGUCACACAAAUUGUAUUCGUUCUCUCAAUUUCCAGUCUACAAAUCCCUCUUCGAAUGGAAGCGUUUAGCGAAAAGAAGACUCAAUAAUUAGUUUUUUAUUGUUUUAUUUGCCAUUUUUCAUUUUGAUAACUUGCCACAUGAAUCCCAUUUACAAUAAAUUUUAAUUUAUACAU